AGAGUACGGGGCUGGCGUGAAGAUAUAUAUUAACACCUGUAUGGCAGGUGUUAACAUAAAUGAACAAAUCCACAAGGGCCGUGACGAGGAUUCGAACCUGCGUCCGGGAGCAUCCCAGACACUGCUUUAAUCGACUGAGCUACGACAGGAUAAAAAGGUAGGAGACGCAAGGAUGGCGGAGAAGGAAGAGCUGCUAGUGAAGCAGGUGGAGGACAUCACGGAGACCUGGGUACUGGGUCUCCUACACCACAGCCUCCACGCCCCGGUCCGUCUUCGGAGGUGGAGCAGGGUCGAGUCCUCCUCGAGAGACACCCUGGCUGGAUUUUCAAGUUCGAGGGCGACUAUCGAAGUUGAGUACGAGGUUGAGGGCGAGGCCACGCUCAAGAAAGAGACCUACGUCGUCAAGGUCAUCCCCACUGAAGGUCACAUGGCGGGCCUGUUGACGUCUGAGGGGAUGCACCACGUGGAGGUUGGUCAGUACGGGCGGUUCCUGCGGGCGCUGGGGGCAUGGGAGACGGAGAAGCUGGGCGCGGGCGUGGGCGUGGUGGCCGAGAUUGUGCCCGCCCACGCCCUCGCUCUCAGCACGCCCCAUCACUUCACACUCGUCCUUCCGGAGAUCACCAACCUUGGCUACCAGAUUCAUAGCGUGGUGGAGGGCUUGGGGGAGGCGCAGGUGGUGGCCGUGGCAAGCAAGAUGGGUCGAUUCCACGGGACGACGGUGUCCUACAAGGUGCUUACCGGCGCUAACCUCCAAACUGAUUUCCCCAAGUGCUUCCAUCAGGGAAAUAUCGACAGUCCCGUGUUCUCCGUGUUCGCCAGGGCAGGCUUUGAGAGGCUACGAGAGGAGUGGUCGAGAGACGCUAGCCGGAGACACUUGCUGGAGCUGCUGGAGCCAUACGAGGCCAUCUUCGCGGAGUUCGUCAUCGCCAGCCUUAAGCCUGAAGAGCCCUUCGCCACCGCUCUACACGGCGACCUUCAGCCCAGCAACAUCUUCUUCAAGCACGAUGCCCAGGGCCAACUUACAAUCAAGCUGAUUGACUGGGCCACGGCGCGGUACUCACAGGGACCCAUAGACCUCGUGUACCUCCUCAACAUCGGCGUGGACCCGGAGGUCAGGAGGAAGGUCACCCUCGAGGCUAAAGAAGCCUACUUCGAAGCGUUCAAUGCAUCGCUCGCUGACCUCAAGGCCAAUAUGUCAUACCCGAGGGACUUGUUCGAGGAGCAGUUCGCCAGGUGCCGGCAGAUGAUGGUAGUGUGGAGUGUCAUGUGCUUCAAUAUAUUCUUCUCUACUCCUCACUUGAUGGACCGCCUCGUUGGCAUCAUCUCCGACGUCCUCCUCGACCCCAGCAUCAGUCCCCCGACCCUCCCGCCCUCCGCCGCCCACCCAACCCACUCGCCCUCCACCUGAGAACUCCGAAGUCAUGUGCAGCCACUUCGAGUCCUCGGUUACUAUCUAUCACCGCCUGGGAGUUUGAGGGCUGCUAAUCCACUGGCGUUUUAUAGGGUAGCUAAACCCCUAAAGACCCACAGGGUACCUAAACCUCCCACAGAACCACAGGGUAGCUAAACCCCCCACAGAACCACAGGCUAGCUAAACCCCCCACAGACUCACAGGGUACCUAAACCCCCCACAGACCCACAGGGUAGCUAAACCCCCCACAGAACCACAGGCUAGCUAAACCCCCCACAGACUCACAGGGUACCUAAACCCCCCACAGACCCACAGGGUAGCUAAACCCCCCACAGACCCACAGGGGUAGCUAAACCUCUCACAGAACCACAGGGUACCUAAACCCCCACAGACCCACAGGGGUACUAAACCCCCGGGAGUCUAGAGUUUAACAUUGUAAUUAAACCAGCACGAGCCUAAUUCCACCGUCCAGGACAAUUACACGACAAUCCUUAGGAUUAACUUUUUACUCUUUGUGAAUCACCUUAAGUGGUGGUGGUGCUGUGGCCUAGCAACACACCUGCCAGUUAUGGCGUCUGUAGCAGGUGUAGGAGCAGCUAUGGCCUCGCUACACACCUGCCAGCUAUGGCGUCUGUAGCAGGUGUAGGAGCAGCUACGUGUCCAGCAUAGAUACUCAACGGUGUUUAUCUCAAAAUACCAAUGAAUCUUUUGACCAUUCUUUUGUUUUACGUUUUUGAAUAUAUAUAUAUAUAU